AUGGCUCGAAAUCUGGAGUCGUUCAUAUUUGACGGCACCAAUUCCGACAUCGCUCGACAGCUCUACAUCCGCCACAAGAAAGGAGAUGUCGGACAUAAUGUCACCCUUUCUUCAAUUCCUGAGGCUAUUACGGGCAGACUCAAAUCCUUCAACAUCAAGUUCGACGACUUGCCCGGGCUUGUCCAGCGCGCAGUGCUCUGGGACUCUGGCUUUGCGAUUUCACCAAAUAAUGAGGCAGUCCAGAUCCGUCCAAUAAACAACUACACCAUGGCCGAACUUGCAGUUCCAAUGGACGAAGUCAGUGAUGCUGGUUGUACGUUCAGGAACUGUUCGCAGCCGAACAACGAAACCGCGUCCUAUACUCUAAUUUGCAGUGGCGAGCAGAUGUUCAGCGUCUCACGCUGCGUCGUGGACAUAUUCGAAGACAAUGGUGCUGGAACCUACUUUGGGGCGAUGUGGGCGAAAGGUGGACACCCCGAUAUGGCUCCGCACAUUCGUCUGAGAGAGCACAAGUGGAACGAUCCCGUCUCGAAUGUGUCGUACAGUGUCUAUGCUGUGCAUACAGUCCCCAGCGAGUUGGAAGCGACGUGGAAUCAGUGUGCUCCCUACGAUGGAUAUGGAGCACUAGCAGUUCCUUGCUACCGGAGAGACAACGUCACCGUCGAGAUGGAUGCACAGCUGACGACACCAACAGGAUCGUCAUGGGUGACGAAUUGGCUGGACGAGGAGUUUGGUGAAAAGUCCGAUCAAGGUUUAGAUACAAUGGUGCUGGUUCUGAUCAUCGUGGGUAGUGUUAUUGUUCUUGGCUUGUUUGGGCUUGGAUGGUAUUGUUGGCGUCGUAGAUCGAAAAGAAGAGAGGGGAAACCAGAGCUAGAAGCAGACGGCUUCGACGUCGAGUCUCCCUUUUAUAUGACGCCCGAGCUUGCAAAGCCCCCGGCCGCUUCUUCUGGACGGCCCACUCAACAAUCUUCUCUCUUUAGCCAGUCGUCGAUAGAUUACGAGAGCGCAGGAUCGAACAGAACAUUGGAGAUCCUGCUCCAUAGUCGGUAUCUUCAAGGUCGACGGAUUCCGUACGAGAGUGUCGUAUUCAAAACAACUCUAUCAAAAGGAGUUAACGGGGAGGUCUGGAUGUGCGAGUACAAUGGACGCAAAGUCGCAGUGAAGCACUUGAUCCAAGAAAAUCAGAAGGCAGAGACCGUUCAAGCAUUUGCUGAAGAAAUCGAACUCAGCGCCAGUCUCGUCCACCCCAGUAUCGUUGAAUUCAUCGGCGUAGCGUGGAACAGUCUUAAUAAUCUUGCCAUGGUAUUGGAGUACUUCCCCAAAGGAAAUCUGCAGAGUUAUCUACACAAGAACGCGGAUUUAUUGACGUGGGCGAGAGAUAAAAUCCAGAUGGCCGUUGCAGUUGCUGAUGCUCUGCAGUACUUGCAUGGCCGAUUCACUCCAAUCAUCCAUCGCGAUCUAAAAUCCAACAAUAUUUUACUUACGAAACAAUUGGAGCCCAAACUAAUUGACUUUGGUGUGAGUCGCGGACGCGUUGAGCUCACCAUGACAGCAGGAAUCGGUACGCCGUACUGGACAGCUCCUGAGAUCCUGGAAGGCAAGAGAUACACGGAGCAGGCAGAUAUUUAUUCCUUCGGUGUGGUUUUGUCGGAGCUGGACACGGGGAAAACCCCGUAUCACGACGCUCGUACUCAAGGUGGUAGUAAGGCCAAGCCGUUCCAGAUUCUUCAGGACAUCGUGGAUGGAUGUUUGCAACCGAGUUUUACGCGACAGUGCCCUCCACGAAUUUAUCGCGUUGGUAUGGCCUGCUUGUCGUUUGAUCCUUCGUUGCGCCCGACAGCGUCGCAGCUGAUCCGAGAGCUUGAAGGCAGCACUACGGAGAUCAUGUACUCCGUUUGA